GCCGCCAGCCCCCCGGGCCCGGCGGAAGGCGGAACCGGCGCCGUGCCCGGGCGGGCGGCUCCGGCUCCGGCAGCGGCGGGGCGAGGGAGGCGUCCAGGGCAGAAGCCGCCCCGCCGCGUCCCCUCCCGGCGGUGGCCCGGCCCGCCGAGGCGGUCACCUUGCGCGGGGCGAGCGGGGCCGCAUGGAGCAGCCCGGGCGCGCCGCCCGCCUCGCCAGCGCCCCCCGCCCCGCGCCAUGAAGCGGGCUUAGCCGCCGAGCCCCGCACCGCCCCGCGCCGCCCCGCACCGCCCGCCGGCCCCAUGGCGAAGGAGAGGAGCAGGAAGGCGCUGGUGGAGCUGCUCCAGCGGCCGGGCAACGCGGCGUGCGCCGACUGCGCCGCCCCGGACCCGGACUGGGCAUCCCACAGCCUUGGGAUCUUCAUCUGCUUGAAUUGUUCAGGAAUCCAUCGUAAUAUUCCCCAAGUCAGCAAAGUGAAGUCGGUCCGCCUGGAUGACUGGGAUGAUGCUCAAGUGGAGUUUAUGGCCUCGAAUGGAAACAACAUAGCAAAAGCAAAAUAUGAGUCUAAAAUGCCACCGUUUUAUUACAAGCCAACGUUUCUUGACUGUCAACUGCUGCGGGAACAGUGGAUCAGAGCCAAAUACGAACGAAAAGAGUUCAUUCACAGCGAGAAGCAGGAGCCUUAUUCUGCAGGGUACCGAGAAGGAUUUCUGUGGAAGAGAGGACGCGACAACGGGCAAUUCUUAAGCCGAAAGUUCGUGCUAUCGGAGAGGGAAGGUGCCCUGAAGUACUUCAACAAAAAUGACGCAAAAGAACCCAAAGCAAUUAUGAAGAUCGAACACCUAAAUGCGACUUUCCAGCCUGCAAAAAUCGGGAACCCACACGGACUGCAGAUCACUUACUUGAAGGACAAUAGCACAAGGAACAUCUUUGUCUAUCACGAAGAUGGCAAGGAAAUCGUGGAUUGGUUCAACGCCAUCCGGGCAGCGCGGUUUCAUUACUUACAAGUGGCAUUCCCUGGAGCCAGCGAUGUCGAUCUGGUGCCAAAGCUUUCUAGAAACUACCUGAAGGAAGGGUACAUGGAGAAAACGGGGCCAAAGCAAACAGAGGGAUUCAAGAAGCGAUGGUUCACCAUGGAUGACCGACGGCUCAUGUAUUUCAAAGAUCCCCUGGAUGCCUUCGCCAGAGGGGAGGUUUUCAUCGGGAGCAAGGAAAACAGCUACAAGGUCCUGGAAGGGCUCCCGCCAUCCACGCAGGGAAACCACUGGCAGCACGGGAUAACCAUCGUCACCCCCGAUCGGAAAUUCCUCUUCGCCUGCGAGACGGAGGACGACCAGCUGGAGUGGAUUACGACCUUUCAGAAAGUGAUAAGCCGGCCCAUGCUGCCUCAGGAAUACGCAGUGGAAGCCCAUUUCAAACAUAAACCUUAGCGGGGACUGGCUGGGCAGACCUGAGGAGUGAGCUUCUGUUUACAACACAACGUGGUUUUAUUUGAAAUGUUAAAAAUAAUGAAGAAGAAUAAUAAUAACAGUAAUAAUAAUAAUAAUAAUAAUAAUACUUCCCUUUCCCCUCAUCAUUCACUUGAUCAUGUCAGAAACCAAGAAGGAUGGCAGCGAAAUGUCGGAGAAGAUGCUGAGCCAACCUGAAAUUCGGCUCCGUGGCCGCUCCGCUGGGCGCGUGGUCCCUGUCACCCCCGGAAGGGGUGUCACCCGGCCUCGGCGGGCUGGGGGAGACUGUUGCUGGCACGUCUCCGGGGGAGAUGGGGCUUUUCCCCACGAGCUGCUCCAUGGGGCUGGAGCUGGGCGUCCCCUGGCUCCCCGCCAGCCCUUUCCCCAGGGAGCGGGGUGUCCCUGAGCAGCGACGUCCCGGUGGGAUGGGAAGGCCCAACCUGGGAACAGCCGGGAUGGAGAUGUGAGGAAUGACCCCAUGGGGGGAGCAGUGGUGAUGCUCUGCCCGGGCUGGGGGUCAAAGGGGGUUUAGAAACAGAGGAAAUGAGCAUCGGUGGCCUCGUUACCUGCUUAAUGUCCCCGCCCCAGCCCUGGGGCUCUGUGAGGGGAUGGGGGACACCGAGCCAGGAGGUGACACCAGGGGAGCAAAGCUUGUGGGGUGGGCGCCCGGCUCUGCUCCCUGGGGUGCUCCUCUGUCAUGGGUUUCACCCCUUUUUGGGAGCCCGGUUUUGGGAGGGGGGGGUGGGUUGAACUUUAGGGGCAGCGGUGCUGACAGGCACCGUAACAGCCCAGCCUGGCCCCGACGGCUCGCUGCUUCUCCGGAAUGGUGGGUGCACUUUUUUUUUCCCCCCAAUAAUUAUCUUAAUUUUUUUUUUUUUUUUUAUUUUGGGUUUUUUCUGCCAAAAAAAAAAAAAAAGCUGCUUGAAGUGACGUUUCAGCGCUGUGUUGAGCACUGUAAUUCCCGCGGGUGGGUGGGCUGGGACCUGUACGCCGCGUGCUGGAUUUUUUUACCCAAACUUGAAAUUUCCGGCCCCGGGUGAAGUCCCGUCCCCGUCCCCGCGGUCCGUCCGUUGGUGUGUGUACGCGAGAGCAUCCCUGGGCUGUGUGCGUGCCGCCUGUCACUGCCGACACCACUCUGCUACUAAAUGUCAUUCCAACCAAUAAAUUAUGAUGUCCGA